AUGGGACACGUCAGACAGAUAUGGGAUAGAUGGCGCUCGGAUUUGCACAAGGAAUAUAUCCGCAUCCAUAAAGGAGACGAGGCCGCGGCGAUUGAAAUGGGACGGGCUCCAUCUGUGGUUGAAGUGUUCAAGAGGACCCGUACCCCAAAACCGACAAAAGAAAACCCAACUCCCGUCCUGGACGACCGCGUUCAAGAGAAAAUUGAGAAUAAUGAGGUUGACAAUUGUUUCGGAUUUCAGAAUUGGUUCUCUUUCGUUUACCAACCUCUUGGUAUAACAUUGGAUGCUAAGACCGAUGAUGGUGAAAUAAUUGAUUGUGUUGAUAUAUAUAAACAAAGAGCAUUUGACCAUCCUCUAAUCAAUGAUUUACAGAUGGAACCUAGUCACUAUCCUUAUGGAAACAAAUUGGAUUCAAAUUUAACAUUAGAAACAUUUCAAGAUUGGCACAAAAAUGAAGAAUGUCCCGAAGGCACAAUCCCCGUAAGAAGAAAUAAAAGCACAGACAAUUUCUACCCAAAGAAGUUUUCUCGCAUUAUGCAGCACCAAUUCAAUCAAAGUGUUGACCAUGAUGACGGACAUGAGUAUGCUGUAGUAACCGAUCAUGGAUCUUCUUAUUAUGGAGCAAGUGGAAUAUUUAAUGUAUGGAACCCUAAGACAGAAGAUAAGGAGUUUAGCUUGUCCCAAAUGUGGGUUGUUUCAAGUUAUGAUAAGGGAGAUUUUUACAACAAUAUCAACAGCAUUGAAGUUGGAUGGGCGGUCAAUCCAAUUAAUUACAAAGAUAAACAAACAAGACUCUUCAUAUAUUGGACGAGUGAUGGGUAUACAAAAAAAGGUUGCUAUGAUCUUAACUGCAACGGUUUCGUCCAAACAAGUAGGACCUAUUCAUUAGGUAUGCCAAUAACACGGGUUUCCAAAAUUGGUGGAGAAACUAUGCAGAUAUCGAUUAACAUAUUCAAGGACAAAACCGGAGAUAAAUGGUGGCUUCAAGUGCAAGGUAGCAUAUUAGGGUAUUGGCCUACGGUUAUCUUUACAGAUUUAAAGAACAAUGCUAAUAUGGUCCAAUGGGGCGGGGAGAUCGUGAAUCAAAAAACAAAUGGCCACCAUACGACUACUCAAAUGGGUAGUGGCGAAUUCCCAAAUAAAGGCUUUAGUAAAUCAUGUUUCAUUCAUUCCUUAAAAGUUCUUGAUGAUGGUUUAAUUCCAAGAAAUCCAGGAUACUUGGUAAAAACAAUAUCAAAACCAGCAUGUUACGACUUAACACUUACUAAGGACCAGGGAACAACAUUUGAAACACAUAUCUUCUAUGGAGGUUCGGGAUUUUCUCCAACAUGUCAAUGA